AUGGCGCCCGCCAAAGACCGCCCAGUCGCAGGCUCACUCCUGCUCUCCAUCAUUUCGUGCACUGUGUACAGCGUCAUGUCGAACGUCAUGGUGCUCACGAACCGGUACUUGCUGGGUAGGAAGUACUACGGCUUUGACGAAAAGUACUUUGUCGUAGCUGUGCAGGCAGCUGUAGCGGUCCUGGUGCUGGAGCUGGCCAAGAUGCAGAAGAUCGUGUCGUACGACCCGUACGACCGCACUGUCGCGCGCAAGUGGGCGCCCGUGACGUUUUUCUUUGUGGCAAUGCUGUACACGGGCAUGCAAGCCACGGCAGGCCUCCCGAUCCACAUUGUGACUGUCUUUAAAAACGUCACCAACAUCAUUAUCGUCUGUGGCGAGUGGCGCUUCUUUCACGAGCGCGUCGGCCGUCUCGUGAUCGUGAGUCUCGCCAUUAUGCUCCUCGGCGCCGUCAUGUCCUCGUACAGUGACGUGGGUGGCCUCGCCACGCCGUCGUCGCUCUCGGGCUACUUUUGGAUGUUUCUCAACUGCCUCGCAACGGCUGGCUACGUGCUGUACAUGCGCUAUGCAACGUCGCGCUCGUCCCUCAAGAUCUCGAAAUUCGGCAUGGCGUUUUACAACAACCUGAUCUCGCUGCCACUGCUCGUGCCGCCGCUCGUGCUCAAUGGCGAGGCGUUCACGGUCUGGAGCAACCCACUGCUCAGCAACUGGAACUUUACCAUGCUGCUCUUUAUCAGUGGCGUCCUAGGAGUCGGACUCAAUCUUGCGUCGUUCUGGUGUGUCUCGAUCACGUCCGCUACCACGUACGCGACUGUAGGCGGUCUCAACAAGAUCCCGACUACGUUCAUCGGUGUGCUGCUGCUCGGCGAGCCGCUGAAGCCUGAAACGGCUAUUUACGUCAUGUUUGGCAUGGUCGGUGGAAUCCUCUACGGCUAUGCCAAGUUUAAAGAAGGUGAAGCGGCCAAGAAGCUGAAGGCAUCGCAGGCCGCGCUACAGCCAACGUCGCUCGACUGCAAGGCGUAG